AUGCACCUGAGCGCACACGAGUCGUGCCAUUCCUUGGUCUUACUUUGCAUCCUCCUGAGGAGUUGCCAAGGCGUGAAGAACGAUGCCACGGAGCUCCUGUUUUCUCAUGUGACCGCAGCAGUGCCGGAGGUUCAGAGCAACGUGUCCCUGAACCGUGCACGGACCGGCGGGAGAGGAGCUGGCAACACGGCGCAAGACAGAGGCGUCGACCAACGAAGCCAAAUCGGAUGCAGAGAGCUCAGAUCCACUAAGUACAUCUCUGACGGCCACUGCACCAGCAUCAACCCCAUCAAGGAGCUGGUGUGCACCGGCGAGUGUCUCCCGGCUCAGAUGCUUCAAAACUGGAUCGGCGGCGCCUACGGCAGGAAGUUCUGGAGUCGCCGGAGCAGCAACCAGGACUGGCGGUGCGUAAAUGACAAGACCCGCACCCAGCGCAUCCAGCUUCAGUGCCACGACGGCAGCACGAGAACGUACAAGAUCACCGUGGUCACCUCCUGCAAGUGCAAGAGGUACUCGAGGCAGCACAACGAGUCCGGCAACAAGUUCGAAGAGCCGGCUGUGUCGCAGCCGCAGCUCCUGCACAAGCACAAGUCCAAGAGCAAGAGGAGGCUGGGGAAGAACCGGCUGAGCGAGAACUGGCACGAGACUGAACCCUGA